AUGGCGGACUUGGAAAAUUUGCUACUAGAGGCAGCUGGAAGAACUGAACUUAAGAGAGAGUUAAUCUUAUCUGAUCGAGCAACAAAGCUUGAUGAUAACAAGUUACAUGAAAGAGUUAAAUCAAGGUGUUUAGCUUCCUCUCGUGGGGUACGCACAUCUGCACGGUGGGCAGAUCGAGCUGCUCAUAAGGCCGAUGCUUUGAAUGAGUUGCGAGCAAAGCGGAUGAGGCAACAGGGCAUAGAUGCAGCUAGAAAAACUUUUCCUUCGGCUGGUCUGAGCAGCUCUAGUGAAAGUGAAGAUGGAAGAUCAAAGAGGGCUAGGAGAAUGGAUGAUAAGUCCAAUAUUCCUACAUAUGAAGACAUCAGGGGAAUUACAAUUAGGAGGUCGAAAUUAGCAAAAUGGUUAAUGGAGCCUUACUUCGAGGACUUGAUUGUGGGUUGUUUUGUAAGAGUAGGCAUUGGUAUGAAGUCUGGAAAAAACAUUUAUAGGUUAUGCAUUGUUCGCAAUGUGGAUGCCUCCGAGCCUGAUAGACAAUAUAAGCUCGAAAACAAGAUGACUUACAAGUAUUUGAAUUGUGUCUGGGGUAGUGAGAGCUCUGCUGCUAGAUGGCAGAUGGAUAGAAUUUCUGACGCUCCUCCUCUUGAAGAAGAGUACAAGCAGUGGAAGAAAGAGGUGGAGUGCACGAGUGGAAGGAUGGCAACGAAGCAAGAAGUUGCCGAAAAGAAGGAAGAGAUUGAGAAAACAAACUCCUUUGUUUACUCAGCAGAAACUGUGAAACAUAUGUUACAGGAGAAGAAGUCAGUAGCCACAAGAAGGCCUUUGAACAUUGCAGCUGAGAAGGAAAAGCUGAAAAGAGAAAUGGAAGCAGCCCAAUACAGGAACGACGAAGCUCAGGUAGAGAAGAUUAAGGCUAGAUUAGAGGAACUGGCAGCUGUCCGGCUAGCACAGGAUAAUAAAAAUUCCAAGGCACACAGGUUAUCAGAGAUGAACAAAAAGAAUAGAGUUGAAAACUUCAAAAAUGCAUAUGAUCUGAAGCCCGUAAACACUAACCUCAAGUCAGGAGAAGCUGGGUAUGAUCCUUUUUCUAGGAGGUGGACUAAGUCUACGAAUUACUAUGCUGCAGCUGCAGCUGCAGGUAUUAAGAAUAAAGCAAAUGGCGAAGUUGCAGAAAUUACUGAGAUUAAGGGAGGAGAAAAGUCCGUAGUUGAUGCCACAGUAGCAGCCUUAGAGGCUGCCGCUGAUGCUGGGAAGUUAGUAGACCAAGGAAUAAUAGAAACUAAUCUGCUGCACAAUUUCGAUCUACCAAUCUCAUUGAACACAUUGCACAAGUUUGGUUGGCCCCAGGGUGUUUUGGCAGGGUUUAUGACAAGGAAGCAGAGGAUCGAGGCAACAAUUGGACUUCAAGUACCCGAGAAUGAUGGUCGUAGACAUGCAUUGAUUCUGUCAGUGAGCGAUUACAAGAGACGAAGAGGGUGGAUAUGAAUUUAUGCUAUCUCAGUAUCUGUUUAUAG